AUAAAGCAAUGCUCUAUAGUAGUUAGUGCACAGUUCGAAGACGGUGUUCUUAAGAGUGACAUAAAGUGUAACCAAAGCUAUCCAAAUCGAAACCGAGCUCAAAAAAUUUUACCCAAACUACAGUUAAAUAUUGUGUUCGUCACGUUUCAUCCCUAAACUCCACGAGUUUCUUCGAUACAAUGGCAAAGCACCCUAAAGCUUUACUCUUCGCGCUCGCGCUUUUCUAUCAUCUAAUGCUGCAGCUCCAAGCUUCGCCGUUGUAUGGCACCGGCAUCUACCAUGAUAAUGACGAUGAUAACACAGAGGUAUUGGAGAUCGAUUUGAAUAACAUUGACGACCUCAUAAAUGAUGGCGGCAAGGAGCAGGAAGAGGCGAUUGACUUGAGUUUUUAUGGCAAUGCACUUUAUGGCAUGCCAGAUAAUGAAGUGACAGCCCAGUUGGUGGCCAACUACACAGCCGAAGAGUCACCGGUUAAUCCUGAGGAGUUAGGUUCCUACCUCGAGGGUGACAUUCUAGUGCCUAUUCGAAGAGUAUUGACCAAAAAUGGCAUUACCACAUUAAGUUCACGUUGGCCUAACGGUGUGGUGCCUUUCGAGAUACGCGGUAACUUCAAUGCACGUGAUAUGGCUACCAUUGAGCAUGCGAUAGACGAGUAUCAUCGUCGCACCUGUAUACGUUUUGUUCCACGUAGCCGUGAAAGUGAUUACAUUUCGAUUGUGAGUGGCAAUUCUGGUUGUUGGUCAUCGGUUGGACGUGUGGGCGGCAAGCAAGAGGUCAAUCUGCAAUCGCCUGGUUGUCUCACCAAACCUGGCACCGCAAUGCACGAACUUAUGCAUGCACUGGGUUUCCUACAUGAACAGAAUCGGCAGGAGCGUGACUCCUAUGUGGAUAUAAUGGUGGAGAAUGUACAACCAACGGCGGUGUCGAAUUUCGAGAAGGCUCAGCAAACCGUUGCUUUUGGUGUACCUUACGAUUAUGGUAGUGUGAUGCAUUAUUCGGCGAAUGCUUUCUCGCGUAACGGUCGUCCGACAAUCGUAGCUGUGCAACCGGGUGGCAGUCAACGUAUGGGUCAACGGGAAGGAUUCUCAAGCUACGAUAUUGAAAAGUUGAACAAAAUGUACAAUUGCGAUGGACCCGCUACUGGAUUUGGUGCUGGUGGUAAUAGUAUGGGCGCCAUUGCGCCCGUUCCAGCGCCUGUUGCAGUCCCGGCGCCAGCGCAGCCUGCUCCUGGUCGUCCAGCAGGAAAUGCAAAUUUGAUCGGCAGUUUUCUUGGUGGCCUUCUUAGCGGUUUGGGAUUGGGCGAGGAGAUUAACAAUGCUGAUGUGACAACGGAAACAACUAAUGAGAUUUAAUAGCAUAUAUUACAGCGAAACAAGCGAUAACGAAAACACCCCAACGAAAGCAUAUUCCAAAGAGCUCAAUGAUCAUUACUCUACAUUAGUUUAAUAACUCGAAUUUAGAACUCAGUAUUAUAAUAUAAUUUAUUUAAUACAUUAAUAAUAAAGCAAAAAAUCAUAUUUAAA